CAAUCCCAACUUCCCACAGUCCCUAAUUCUUCCCUCCACCUCGACAAAAAUGCUACGGGCCCGUAUCAUCCAGACAGCUCGCCACGCUCGGCAAUACUCGACAAAGUCGACACAAGAAAAGGCGCAGGAAGUAGCCGGAAAGGCCUUUGAGCAAGGAAAGGCUGGUGCUGAGAAGAUUAUCAAGGCUCUAGGGCCUUUGGGAGAGAGAGCUGGGAGCUUGUUGGGAGCCUACCGGGAACCGAUAGUAUACAAUUUUGCGGUUGUACGGUCUCUGGCGAAGCAAGUUUACGUUGCGGAGGGACUGGCACCACCCAAGUCCAUUGCAGAGGUCAAGGUUGCGUACAAGGAGAUCUGGGAGUCGACCCUCAAGUGGCGGCAGCUAAACUUUGCCAAGGUCGGCGUGUAUGCGCUAGAGGCAUAUGGUAUCUUCAAAAUUGGGGAGAUACUCGGAAGGAGAAGCUUGAUAGGGUACAAUGUUCAAUAGAUGAUGCGAUAGAGAAAAUUGACAUUCAUUCGUCUUUAUUUAUUCGUGAGAAAGUAAAUAGCGGCU